AUGUCUAUAUCCACUCAAUUCACCAUUAAACCUGUUCACUCGAGCAAUAAGCUCUACAAUAAUGAUGAUUUGAGUAGUGAUGAUGAGAAUAACCCCACUGUAGCCACCACCAUUCGACUCUGUGAUAAGUCCCCAGCACAACAGACGGUCUACGAUCCAUCCGAAACCACCACCGUGACCAUCCAUCCUGCUCAUCUUUCCACUCCUCUUGCCACUUCUGACAACAAAACGCGUACUGAUAAGGUCAUACUUGACAAGGUGUCAGGUUCUAUCGAUAACGCCGAUGAUGAUAAUGAUGACGAUAGUUGUGACGAUAUUAUCAGUGAUGUUAGCGUCAGUCUAUCAGCUAAACUUAUUUCGCAUAUUACUACCCCAAAAGUAACGAACAGCAGCAACAGCAAAGCCUUUGAAAACAGUGCACAGGACGAUGCUAAUGUUUCAGCCUCACUCGUUUUGGUCAAUAAGAAAAUUCCAGUGAGCGCAGGAUCCAAUGCAAUUUCGGCCACAUCAUCGUCGUGUUAUUAUUGUGAGUUCUUCAAUAAUUUUUCCUUGGAUGAUCACCACGCACUACUUCGAUCGUUUCCUUGA